UGGUUCCAGUACCCCAUCAUCUACGACAUUCGGGCCCGGCCGCGGAAAAUCUCCUCCCCAACCGGCUCCAAAGACUUGCAGAUGGUGAACAUCUCGCUGCGUGUCCUCACGCGUCCCAACGCUGCGGAGCUGCCCAGCAUGUACCAGCGCCUGGGGCUGGACUACGAGGAGCGGGUCCUGCCUUCCAUCGUUAAUGAAGUGCUCAAGAGCGUGGUGGCCAAGUUUAAUGCUUCCCAGCUCAUAACUCAGAGAGCCCAGGUGUCUUUGCUCAUUAGGCGAGAACUGACAGAGAGAGCCAAAGACUUCAGCCUCAUCCUGGAUGAUGUGGCUAUCACAGAGCUUAGUUUCAGUCGUGAAUAUACAGCAGCUGUGGAGGCUAAGCAAGUGGCCCAGCAGGAGGCCCAGCGUGCACAGUUUCUGGUGGAGAAGGCCAAGCAGGAGCAGAAGCAGAAGAUUGUUCAAGCUGAAGGGGAAGCUACAGCUGCCAAGAUGCUGGGGGAAGCUCUCAGCAGGGAUCCAGGCUACAUCAAGCUACGUAAAAUCCGAGCUGCUCAAAACAUCUCAAAAACGAUUGCUGCCUCACAAAACCGUGUGUAUCUCACAGCAGAUAACUUGGUACUGAACCUGCAGGAUGAGGGCUUCACCAGAGGAAGUGACAGUCUCCUACCCAAGCAGAAGAAAUGAGAGAAACUAAAGCCUCCCAGAACCAGCGGUGCUACCCAGCAGCAGAUAGGACUGAGGAGCUUGAAACUCCCUCCACUGGCAUUGUUUGCCCUCACUUUGACAUUGUUAAUCCAGUAGCCAGAUUUGGUUCCUGUGCCCCUGCUCCAUUUGUGGUGGUCCAGUUAGAGGAUUGGGUUCUGCCUCUGGGCAGCUGUGAUUCCUUCCUCCCCCUCACCAGUUAAAUAUGGGGACAGGGGAAAAGGGGACUUACUGGGAUUAACUCAUGUGGAUAUAGUAAUUCACCUCUAAUCUUCAUUAAUCUGUAGAUUUUUGUAGGUAAAAUCAGAAUUUUUUAUUUUAUUUUUUUUGGCCAAGUGAGGGAGUUCUGCUGCCCUGAGCACCAGGCUUUUUUGAUAGUAAAUCACAUUUCUCUUUCACUCUUGAAUCCCAAGAGAACCUGGGCCUGAA